AUGCCGCAGUCCGUCAAGAGCACGGAUCGCUCCCGCGGCGCCCCCUCCGCCGCCGACGAUGACGACGUCAACACGCUGCCCCCCGACGAGCACACGCGGCUGCUGCCGAACCGCGUCGACUCGAGCCGCGGCAUGCUCACCCCCGACGACCCCGCCGUCACGCCCUACAACCUCUGGAGCAUCCGGCUCCUGCGCUGGGCCACCGUCGUCCUGGCCCUCGUCACCUUUUUCUGGUGGGUGCUCGUGCUCGUGUCCACGUUUGCGACGCUGCCCGGCUUCCACAUCCGCGGCGGCGGCUUCUACGCAUACGGCUUUGCCAGCCUCGCUCUCGCCAAUGUGCUCUUUACCCUCGUCUUUUUUGAGAUUCCGUCGCGCUCGGUCCGGAUUCUCUCUCUCGUCAUGGCGUUUGUCCUCACGGUCGACAUGAUUAUCCUGCUGGCCGUCCAAAAGACGCGCGCUGAAGAGGGCUGGGUCGGCAUCGUCAGCGUCGUCUGGGCGCUGCUGCUCAGCCUCUGGACCAUCCUCGUCGACCGCACCGUGAAAUGGGGCAAGGCCGAGGAGGAGGAGCGCCUGACGGGCCGCGCCGAGACGCGCCGCACGCUCGGAGAGUGGCUCGCCGUGCUGCUCUCGAGCGCCGGCUACGUGCUCAUGGUGGUGGCGUCGGUGCUCAUGGCCCUCACCAUCGUCCUGCGCGCCCUCGACGCCAAGUUUGCGGCCCCCGGCGCACUGCACUGGGUCGACGGCGGUAAGUACCGCAUCCACGUCUACUGUCGCGGCAACGCCACGGCCGCAGCCGGUGGCCGCCAGACGACUGUGCUCUUCGAGGGCGGCGAGCGGCCCGUCGAGGACGGCCUCUGGCGCUUCGCCGACGAGGCCCUCGACAGCGGCUCCAUCGCCCGGUACUGCUUCGCCGACCGCCCGGGCAUCGCCUGGUCCGACGCCGCGCCCUCGCCCCUGUCGGCGGGCUUCGCCGUCGAUGCCCUGAGUGAGGCGCUCGCGGCCGCCGGCGAGCGCGGGCCGUGGGUGCUCGCCAGCGCCGGCGUCGGCUCCCUGUACGCCCGCGUCUUCUCGGCCCGCCACGGCCGCGACGUCCGCGGGCUGCUGCUCGUCGACCCGCUGCACGAGGAUCUGCUCGGCCCGCUGGCCUCGCCUGCCCGCGGGCUGCUGCUCUGGCUGCGCGGCAUCGUCUCCCCGCUCGGGCUGGACCAGCUGCCGGGUGCGCUCUUCCAGGGCCGCACCAGCCAGGACCGCGUCUACGGUCGCGCCGUCCAGCAGACGAGCAAGAACAUCUUUGCGCGCCUGCAGGAGAGCCUCGUGCUCAACUCCUUUACCCGCCGCGACGUCGGCAGCAGCCGCCAGAUUCAGGACCGCACCGUCCCCCUUGUCGUCGUCAGCUCCGGCCAGCACGUCAAGGGCGACGGCGCCUGGGAGGCCAAGCAGCGCGACCUGACCAAGCUCACCGACGAGCUGCUUCACUGGGACAUUGUCGACGACGCCCCCCCGCACGUGUGGAAGACGGCAGCUGGGCGGGACAAGAUGGAGUCGAGGCUGAGGCAGCUGUUGAAGAACAAGGCGUAG